AUGGCUGCUGUUUUAAAUAAUACACCAAUAUCAAAUUCAAUUGUAACAUCCACUCGUUUUACUGAUGAAUAUGAUCUUAAAGAAGAACUUGGCAAAGGUGCAUUUUCAAUUGUACGAAGAUGCUUUCAAAAAAGUUCUGGACAAGAAUUUGCUGCAAAAAUUAUUAAUACAAAAAAAUUAUCUACACGAGACCAUCAAAAACUUGAACGAGAAGCUCGUAUAUGUCGACAAUUAAAACAUCCAAAUAUUGUCCGCCUUCACGAUAGUAUUUCUGAAGAAGGAUUUCAUUAUCUUGUUUUUGAUCUAGUUACUGGUGGAGAACUAUUUGAAGAUAUUGUUGCUCGAGAAUUUUAUAGUGAAGCUGAUGCCAGUCAUUGUAUUCAACAAGUUCUUGAAGCUGUACGACAUUGUCAUGAAAGUAAUAUUGUACAUAGAGAUUUAAAGCCAGAAAAUCUUUUACUUGCAAGUAAAACAAAAGGAGCAGCUGUUAAACUUGCUGAUUUUGGUCUUGCUAUUGAAGUAAAUGGUGAACAAACACAGUGGUAUGGUUUUGCUGGAACGCCUGGUUAUCUUAGUCCUGAAGUGCUCAAAAAGGAACCUUAUGGUAAACCAGUUGAUAUCUGGGCAUGUGGUGUGAUUCUUUACAUUCUUCUUGUUGGUUAUCCACCAUUUUGGGAUGAAGAUCAGCAUAGAUUAUAUAAUCAAAUUAAAGCUGGAGCUUACGAUUAUCCAUCACCUGAAUGGGAUACAGUUACAACUGAAGCUAAACGUUUAAUUGAUUCAAUGCUUAAUAUCAAUCCGAGCCGACGUAUUAGUGCUACAGAUGCAUUAAAACAUCCAUGGAUUUGUCAACGAGAACGAGUUGCUGGUACAAUUCAUCGACAAGAAACCGUUGAUUGUUUACGUAAAUUUAACGCACGUCGAAAAUUAAAGGGAGCUAUUUUAUCGACAAUGUUUGUUAAUCGUACAUUAAUACCCAAUUCAGCUGCACUUGCUAGUGCUUCUGGAGGAGGUGCGCAGACUGCAACUGAUGGAAAAAAAACAACAGUGGCUACAACAAGUGGUGGAGCAUCACCGGUUACAAACCUUGGUGUUUCGUCUGUAAUGUCAGCUUUAGCUAGUGGAGGUAAUCGUUCCCGACCGACAGCUCAAAGUGGUAAUAGUGCUAUUAAAGAAUCUGGCGAUAGUAAUAGUGCAACAAUUGACGAUGCAAAUGAUAAUGAACGAAUUGAUCGAUUAAAAAAAAAAAAAGCACCAAAAACCUCUUCCGAAACUUUUACAGGUAAAGAAAACAAAAGCUCAUGCGAAUCGGUAUUAUCACCAAUGACUGUUGAUUUACAAGCUAUAACAGCAGUCGAGAUCAAUUCAGAAAUAACCAAAGUAACUGAACAAUUAUUACAAGCUAUUGCUAAUAGUGACUAUGAGAUGUAUAAAUCAUUAUGUGAUCCGAAAAUCACUUGUUUCGAACCAGAAACUAUAGGCAAUCUUGUUGAAGGUCUUGAUUUUCAUAAAUUCUAUUUCGAUACAGGGCGAUUUGCUCGCUCCGAUACAGUCUUAUCAACUAAAGCAGCUAAACCAACAAUUAAUUGUACAAUGUUAACACCUGUUGUACAUGCAUUAGGAGAUGAAUCAGCUUGUAUAGCAUAUGUACUUCUUCUUCAAUAUAUGGAUCGAAAUGGUCAACCACAAAGUGUACGAACAGAAGAAACACGUGUAUGGCAUAAAAAAGAUUCACGUUGGCAAUGUGUUCAUUUCCAUCGUUCGGGUAUGCCUGUUGCUACAGCUAUAAAAUCAUCAUUUCCUACAUCAUCAAUGUAA